AUGCUGAUCAUUUUAAUAGUUUUUACAGUUUUUGUGAGAAUAUCAUUUGGAGCAAAUAUUUUAUAUAUUCAAUCAGUGGCUUAUUAUAGUCAUCAGCUGACCCAUUUUAAGCUCAUUGAAGUACUCGCAUUAAAAGGACACAACCUGACUGUUUUUUCAACACAUUAUAAGAAUUUUAAUAAUUCAAAUAUAAUGCAAUAUGUCAUUGGAGCUGUGCAUCCGAAGUCAAGAAUUCUUGAAAGUAAAUUAGAUGAAAUGAACGGAUUUGAAUAUUAUGUUAAACAUGAGCUUCAAUAUCAUCAUGAUGCCGCUGAAAGUCAAUUCGAGAAUAUAAAGCUACAAGAACUUUAUUUACAUCCAGAAAAUUAUAAUUUUGACUUACUUAUAGUUGAAUGUAAUUUUUGUAUGUUUAUAGUGUUGGCUGAGAUUUAUAAUUGUCCUUUAGUCAGUGUUUUUUCUGCUGAGCCAUUAAAUUUCUUUCAUGAAUAUAUUGGCAAUUAUGUUCAUGAUACAAUCCAUCCUGAGAUUAUUAUUCCAGCAAUUCAUGGUGAAGUAAGUUUUGUAGAACGUCUUAUGUCUUUAAUUAAUCAACACUUUUUUGCAAAAAUAUUUCGAGCCAGAGACAUUCGAUUAAGUCAAUAUCAGUUUUAUAGAAAAUUUCCAAACUUUUCAUUUCCACCUUUAAUGGAUAUUGUUGGAAAUAGAGCUAAAAUGUAUUUUACUGAUACUUCAGCUAUGACAACUAAUAUUCGACCAAUUGUACCAAAUUAUCAUCAAAUUGCAUUUAUUCACGUUGAGCCAUCAAAAUCAAUUGAAGAUUUGAGAAUUAAGAAGUUCUUAGACGAUGCUGAGGAAGGUGUGAUUGUGCUAUCAUUCGGAAGCAUUGCCAAUGACUUUCCAGAGAUUUUGUUCAAUAAAUUUUGUAAAACUUUUCAAGAUCUUCCAUUUAAAGUCAUUUGGAAAGCAGAUUAUGACAAAUUUAAGCAUCUAGUCAUACAAAGCAACAUUUUAAUCUCAAAAUGGCUUCAAUUGUCUGACAUCCUAGCACAUCCGAAUGUUAAAGUUCUUGUUGGACAUGGAGGAUUAAAAACUAUCGAAGAAGCAAUUGAUAGAGAAGUUCCAAUGGUUCUAAUGCCAAUCAAUCUUGACCAGCCAUUUAACACAUUCUUUCAAGUUAGACACGAAAUUGCAGUCGAACUGGAUUUAAAUACAUUUACGAAAGAGUCAUUAACGAAUGCCAUAAUGGAAGUGAUGAAACCAAGUUAUAAAGAAAAUAUCCAAAAAGUCAAGUUACUUGCUUAUGAUAAAAUGUCAACAAGUCUUGGUGAAGCUGUGGAAAAUAUUGAAUAUUUACUCAAACAUAAAGAGAAAUUUACAUAUCAAAGAUAUGAAGGAAAAUGCAGUAUAGACCGAUCAGAUUUAUUUUAUGACUUUUUCUGGAUGAUUGGGAAAUUUUUAUUAUUAAUUGUACAUGCUGUAAAUUAUUUGUUAUAA